UUACAUCAGUCAGUCACUCUACGUUACAUUGUUUCCAAGCCAGGCUAAGAAGACUGGAGUUCAGAGGUGCGGUAAUGGCAGGCAAACAGAAGAAUGCCUUGAUAGUUUUUGCACACCAAGAGAAAACAUCUUUUAACAGUGCUUUGAAAGAUGCAGCAGUGGAAUCCUUAAAGAAGACGGGAUGGAAUGUCACAGUUUCAGAUCUGUAUGAAAUGAAGUUUAAUGCUGUGCUUUCCAGAGAUGACAUCAUUGGAAACCCAAAAAACCUUAAUCACUUCAAUUAUUCAUCUGAAACUAUGGAAGCAUGGAAGGAAGGCCGGCUUAGUGAAGACAUUGUAGAAGAACAAAAAAAAUUACUUUGUGCUGACCUUGUUGUAUUCCAGUUUCCCUUCUACUGGUUUGGCAUGCCGGCUAUCAUGAAGGGAUGGGUUGAGCGUGUUUUCCUACCUGGAUUUGCGUACACAUUUCAGAGCAUGUAUGACAACGGGCAUUUUAAGAACAAGAAGGCUUUGCUUUCAAUAACAACUGGUGGCACAUCAACUAUGUACAGCCCCCAAGGAAUCAAUGGUGACAUUAAUGUUGUACUCUGGCCCUUACAGAAUGGCAUUCUUCACUUCUGUGGAUUUCAAGUCUUAUCACCGCAGAUAUUCUGGAGUCCUGGAUAUGCAACACCUGAAGAUAGGACAAAGAUGACUGAAACAUGGAAAGCACGUCUAGAGAACAUUUUACAAGAAGAUCCAAUCCAUUUUGUUCCAAACAUCAUGUUUGACAUGACAUUCCAGGGUGGAUUCAUGCUAAAGAAGGAAGCAAAAGAGGAUAAUGCCAAUGACCACUGUGGCCUAAGUGUUGGGCAGCACUUAGGAAAAGCUCUUCCUCCAAACAAUCAAUAUAAAGGUGCAAAAUAGCUCUAGCAACAUGCUAUCACUGCAUUUUGUGUGGUUCAGCAAGUAGAAAGGUCUUGCCUUCACCUGCUAACAUAAUUUAUUGUCAUAACUCAGAAUUCAUGUUUUAUUUUUUUGUAGUAAUAGAAAUACAUUUUUAUGGGAUUUUUCAAUUUGUCAUCUCCCAGUAUAUUUGUGUCCAUGAACUCAAAUCAGUUCCUUUCUUACUUAUGAUCAUCACAGGUGCAGUAAUUAAUAUUGCCUCCUGAACAGAAACCAGCACACCAUAACUGUAUAUAACAGAAAAUAUAAAUUAUGUCUAUAUUAUUUAUCAUCUAGAAUUAAAAAAGGUACCAAUGUAGAUCAAAUCAUAUAUCCAAUGCGAAAACAAAUAUAGUAGUCCAGUGUAGUAAAAUCACACAUUAAAUGUAGAUCAAAUCAUAUAUCCAAUGC